CCCGGAAGCGCUUUUUUGUUGUUAUUGUUUUUGUGAAUGAAGCAUGGGCUCCUGUGCGGGAAAUAAGAAUCAGAUCCCAAUAAGAGGAUAGAUUAAUCUGCACUCAUGAUGAACUUUGACACCAUGGACCCCUCGAUGGGGGACUAUCCUCCCCUGGACGGGGGCAUGGAGCCCUCCAUGGACCCCCACCUGAACCCCGGUCUCCUGCAGGACCUGGACGCCGAGGGCCUGCCGGUGCCCGGGUCAGAGCUCCUGAUGGAGGGCAUGUUCUCCGAGCUGCACAGCGCCGUGUCGGAGGGCGGCGUUCCCGUCACCGCCGCGCACUUUGACCUCCAGGAGGAGAUGCUGUGGACGGGGAACCACAGGGGUCACGUGACCUCGUUCUUCGGACCCACGAUGGUUCGCCACUCUUCGUUCCAGGCGAACGCGGCCGACGACAUCCGUCAGAUCCACAGCCUGGAGACGGGGGUCCUGUUCCUGUCCAAGUGCAACCUGAAGUGCCACACCCGGGGGGGGCUCGUCAUGUUCGACUACCCGAUGGAUGAGGGUGCUGAUAUGCACAGUCUCCUGAUGACUGAUAACAACACGGUGCUGAUGGGAGGAUUGCAGAACUACGCCGUGGAGUUCGACCUGAACGCCAUGCAGGAAACUCAGAAGUUUAACGUGGAGGUUCCUGGAGUCGCUAUAAUGCGCCAAACUGGUCGAUUCUUCUUCUGUGGUCACACCUCUGGAAAGAUCACUCUGCGGGAUCUGCGCAGCUUCAAGACGGAGCACGAGUUCGACGCGUUCUCCGGCAGCCUGUCGGACUUCGACGUGCACGGGAACCUCCUGGCAGCGUGCGGGUUCUCCAGCCGAGGGAUGAACGGCCUGGCCUGCGACCGCUUCCUCAUGGUGUUCGACCUGCGCAUGAUGAGGGCCGUGACCCCGCUGCAGGUGCACGUCGACCCCCUGUUCCUGCGCUUCAUCCCCACGUACACCUCCCGCCUCGCCAUCAUCUCACAGACAGGUCAGUGUCAGUUCUGCGAGCCCACCGGCCUGGCCAACAUGGCGGACAUCUUCCACGUGAACGCGGGCGGCCAGGUGCUGAUGAGCUUCGACGUGUCGUCCAGUAAGCAGGCGCUGGCGUUCGGGGACUCGGGGGGGAUCGUGCACCUCUGGUCCGACGCCCCCGAGGUCUCCUUCAACGACUACAGCCGCGAGUCAGAGUUCGCUCUGCCGUGCAUCGUGGACUCGCUGCCGCAGCUCGACUGGAACCACGACCUGCUGCCGCUGUCACUCAUCCCCACGCCGCUCACCAGCACUGAGCAGCUGCUUUCUGAUUGGUCCAGCGCCAUGGCCACGCCCAGCCCCAGACGAGCUCCUCCUGUGGACCCGGAGAUCCUCCGCACCAUGAAGACCGUGGGGUUCAUCGGAUACGCAGCGAACCCCCGGACACGCCCUCGCAACCAGGUUCCUUACAAGCUGAGAGACGUGGAGCUGGAUUACGACAACUACAACCAGGUCCCCGAGUCUCCCAUCGGACGAGACGAGGAGCCGCACCUCUACAUGGUGCCCAAGAAGUACCGCAAGGUCACGAUCAAAUACUCCAAACUGGGUCUGGAAGAUUUCGACUUCAAACAUUACAACAGGACGUUGUUCGCCGGCCUCGAGCCGCACAUCCCCAACGCCUACUGCAACUGCAUGAUCCAGGUGCUGUACUUCCUGGAGCCGAUCCGCUGCCUGGUUCAGAACCAUCUGUGUCAGAAGGAGUUCUGUCUGGCCUGUGAGCUCGGGUUCCUGUUCCACAUGCUGGACCUGUCCAGAGGAGACCCCUGCCAGGCGAGUAACUUCCUGCGGGCGUUUCGCACGAUCCCCGAGGCGUCGGCGCUCGGUCUGAUCCUCGCCGACUCAGACGAGCAGACGGGGAAAGCUCGACUGGGCCGUUUGAUCCAGAGCUGGAACCGUUUCAUCCUGACGCAGCUGCACCAGGAGACCCAGGAGCAGGAGGGGCCGCAGGCGUACCGGGGGGCCAGCAGCAGCAGCUCUCUGGGCUCCUCGGGGGAGUCGGCCAUCGGGAAGCUGUUCGGCUGCGAGGUGGAGAACAGCAGUCUGUGUCGCUGCGGGAAGGAAACGGUGCGGACGUCCCUCUCUCUCCUCUUCACCGUGCACUACCCUGAACACAACUCCACCGAUAAAGCGAUGAAGGAAUACGACUUUGCGGAGAUCUUGAAGAGGAGCAUCUGUUUGGAGCAGAGCACGCAGGCCUGGUGUGAGAACUGUGAGAAGUACCAGCCCACAGUUCAGACGCGAAACAUCCGCUGUCUUCCCGACGUCCUCGUCAUCAACUGUGAGGUGAACAGCGCCAAGGAGGCCGAGUUCUGGAAGGUGCAGGCGGAGUACGCCUUCAACAAGGCGAAGCAGAAGGAGAAGGAGAAGCAGGCGAUGGAGCCUCCGAAGCCCAAAGAGCCGCCUCCGCCCAUGCCCACCGAGUGGUGCUUAGACGGGGAGGACCCGAGCAGCAUGGCGGGAUUCACCUUCGACACGAAGGCCGAAGACCUGAGACACGUCUGGAUCCCUCAGAGCCUCAAGAUGCAGAUCAGCAAAACCCAGGGGUUAGAGGUCAGCAGCUGGCCGGAAGGAGAGGAGCUGAGCUCAGCGGAGGAGGAGGAGGGAGCCUCCGUCUACGACCUGGUGGUCACGGUGCCUCACAUCCUGGACGCCCGGACGGGGGGCAAUCUGGUGGCUCACAUCAAAGUGGGGGAGACGUACCACGUGAGGAAAGAGGGAGUCACUCAUCAGCAGUGGUACCUCUUCAAUGACUUCCUGAUCGAACCGAUUGAUAAGCUGGAAGCGGCUCAGUUUGAUGUCAGCUGGAAGGUCCCCGGCCUGCUGUACUACGCCAAGAGGAACCACCACCCCAAAUACGACCUGAGGAUUAAGAACCCCAUCGAUGCCAGCGUGCUGCUGACGGAGGCGUCUCUGGCCAGGAAGCAGAGGAAGAGCCACGCCACCUUCAUCCCUCUGAUGGUCAGCGAGAUGCCGCAGGCCGGAGAGCUGGUGGGGCUGGACGCUGAGUUCGUCACCCUGAACCAGGAGGAGGCGGAGCUCCGCAGCGACGGCACAAAGUCCACCAUCAAACCCAGCCAGAUGUCGGUGGCUCGGAUCACGUGUGUUCGGGGCCAGGGGGCCAACGAGGGCGUUCCCUUCAUCGACGACUACAUCUCCACUCAGGAGCAG